GGGCCGCGCGCUCAGACUGGAGGGGGCUGGAUCUCCUGAUUGAAUCCAGCUGUUGGGGGGUGACGCGUUCGGAGGGGCCCCGUCAAUUUGCAUUGCUAAAUAAUCGGAACAGCCGACGGAUCUGGGCAGAAACGGGACGGUCCAUGUUUCUGCGAAGGCCCAUCUGGUCCGUGAGCCGCAGCUUGAGCUCGAUCUCAGCCGUGAGUGAGGCGCUGGUGUCGGCUGUGGCGUCGGGGCGCGUAGCUGCUGGAGGGACUGCAGCCCUGCUGAGUUAGGACAUCUUAGUCUUUCAGGGGGAGACCGCUAAAGCCCGCUUCCAGAAAUGCAUCUCCUCGGGUCCCGUCUCCCCGUGAGGAUGCUGGCUGCUCUGGUAUUUAUUCUGCUCUACAUCCAGUCUGGACUCGGGCAGAGCUGCACACACGGGCUUGCAUAUGACGGCAGGUUAAGAGCGUGCGCAGAUGUGAAUGAAUGCGUUAUCCUUCCACAAGCUUGCCAAGGGGACAUGCAGUGCAUCAACCAGAUCGGGGGUUACCGCUGCAUCCCGGCUGGGCUGUAUGACAGGCCCUUCAGGCCCAACAGCCCGGCCCUGCCCGAGCUAAGCUACCCAGACGCGGACCCGGAUCGCACUGCAGACGUCUUCCUACCGGGUCGUCCGAGAUCCGUGGAGCCCAGCUACCCCAGAGUGAGCAGCCCCUUGCUGUGCACCCUGGGAUAUGCUCCUGCAGCGGAUGGCACCUGUAACGAUGUUGACGAGUGUGAGACAAACUCUCAUCACUGUAACCCCACCCAGGUGUGCAUCAACACGGCGGGCGGCUACACCUGCUCCUGCACUGAGGGUUACUGGCUCAUCGGAGGACAGUGUCAGGAUAUUGACGAAUGCCGUUACGGCUACUGCCAGCAGCUGUGUGCCAACACGCCCGGCUCCUAUUCAUGCUCCUGUAACCCCGGCUUUAACCUGAACCCAGACCAGCGGACCUGUCAGGAUGUGGAGGAGUGUGAGGAAGAACCCUGCAGCCAUGGCUGCAUCAACACCUACGGCUCCUUUAUGUGCAACUGUGAUGAAGGGUUUGAGUUGGCGGCCGAUGGCACGAGCUGCAUUGACUGGGACGAGUGCAGCUUCUCUGAGUUUCUGUGCCAGUACAGAUGUGUGAACACUCCCGGCUCCUUCUCCUGCAUCUGCCCACCUGGAUAUUAUCUAUAUGAGGACGGGAGGAGCUGUGAAGAUAUCAAUGAAUGUGACACUGGUAACAACACCUGUACAACACAACAAGUGUGUUUCAAUUUCCAGGGAGGUUAUAUAUGCCUGAACCCUUUACAGUGUCAGCCUCCUUACGUCGCAGUUAGUGACAAUCAGUGCAUGUGCUCUGCUGAGAACCCUGCCUGCAGGAGCAGGCCCUUCACCAUUUUGUACCGACACAUGGACCUGUCGUCGGGGCGCACUGUGCCUGCAGACAUCUUCCAGAUGCAGGCCACCACGCGUUACCCCGGCUCCUUCUACAUCUUCCAGAUACAGUCGGGCAACGAUGGGCGAGAGUUUCACAUGAGG